CAACGUUUUUGAUUUGAUAAAAUCUUACAUUUGAAUGUUUUUGUCGGUUCGUGUCAGAAAAUUAGAAAAAGAACAUAUUUCUGAGUAACAAUUUAUUCUAAAAACCAAAUAAGAACCUAACUACGAUUUGACAAGAGUCUGUUUGGUCACCGUGUCCGAGUUUGCUAUUGGCUGUUCCCCUACUUAUUUCUCCUCCAGUCUCCAGUCGAUUGCAUAUCGAUACUUUACAACGAGAUAACUCGCAAAUUGUCAUGUAAAGCAUAACCAUUAAAAUAUUCAAUUAUUGUUUUCAAAGGCGUUGUUCUAUGUAGAGUAUUUUAUAUAUUUUUAUGGUUAUAGUGUUUAAUAAUAAGGUUUAUUUUUAUCUAAGUGUAAAAAAAGAAUGGAACCUUCCACCAGUAAAUCUCCACUAACCAGAAAUCCACGAGGAAAGGUUGUUCGAUCUCAAGCGAAAAAAAUGAUCAUAAACAUAUAUCACGAAAAACUGGAGACAUAUCCAAAUGCUACAUAUAAGGAAAUAAGGGCGAUGGUAUCUAAGACAAGUGGAAUUGGUGUGAGCACAAUUACAGCAGUCUUGGCAGAAUAUAGAAAGACCGGAAAAGUUUCCUCCCCCACUGUAACGCGAACGAAACUCGGAAUAUUCGACAAAUUGAACGACGAACAGAAGUCAAAAAUUCGACAAUACGUUCACGAUUUUUGGCAAAGACAGGAAGUGCCAACAGUUAAAAAAACAUUGGAACUGGUCAAUGCAGAUCCAGAUUUACCCACAUUCACUGCCUCAAGUUUUCGUCGUGUACUGCACAAUUUAAAUUUUGGAUAUUCCAAAAAUGGCAGGAGUAGUGGUUUAAUUGAACACAUACCAGACCCUAAGAAACAGACAACCACAACCACAACUACUACUACAAGUACAGCUAUUUUCGAUCAUACUUAUACACCAUCUGCUCCAAAAAUACAGUCACAUCCAAUCACUUGUAUAAGGAAACAAAAUAAAAAUAAAAAGAAAGUUUCUAAAUAGCCGAA